GGGGGCGCCUCUCGCAAUCAUCGAUUUUACGUGUGUCGUGAUUAACACUUUGGGAGCCUCUGCAAUGAGAACCAGGGAUUGGAAUUAUAGUUCUGAAGAGAAUUAGCCAUCAUCAUCAUCAUCAACAGCUCAAAUGAGGCAGCUGGACACAAGGACAUAGUAGCAUCGCUUUAUGCAUUUGAUUAGAUAGUCUCAAUGUUGCCCACCAAUUAUGCUGUGAAAUGGUAACCUUAUGCCACGGGGAUCCUGUUUUGAAGUGGAUGUGAAAGUGGAUGAAAUUAGCACGCCAUUUGGCGGUGCUGAUGUUGCCUUUUCUGCACCAGUUCGAUGUCGUUGCGUGAGGCUGGGCACAAUGUUAGACAUAGGAAAGACAUUGGAUGUGUGCAUGCGAAGACCAUGGUGUUUUAGCGCGUGUUGAAUUCUGUGAGCCUGUGAGAUGUAGCACAUCCCCGGUUUUUAUUCGUUGUAUUUGCGUCGAAAUAUGCAAUGCGACCCGAGGUGUGAGAAAAAUGCCUGUAGCUCAUGUCGUUGUUGCGCCGCGCUCCGGGGCUCUAGCUGGGCUCGACAACGAUAGACUAACCUCAGUUUGUAGCUGAAGAGGAGACAAGCAAGUUGAUGAAUGCUUUACCACCCUACCUUUUUAAUUUGUAGCAAAAACAUAGAGCAAGCAUCUUCCUCGCCUCCAGGAUCUUUCCGGAUGUCUCUGCAAGACUAGUCAAAUCAGCCGGCUUGUUUUAAGUGAGGAAUCUGUUGCGCUCCCGUGCCGUGGAGAGCGCGGUUGGAGAGGUAGCCUACCCCAGCCCGUGGAACUGCUUGAUCAGCCUCCGACUACGAGCCGAGGACCACACUGUAUACCAGCUCCCAGCUGAUGAUGGGAGGAAUGUUCUCACUAGAAACCUCUUGAGACUGAGCAACACCAGACAGGAGAGGAGAGGAGAGACGGAGACAGACCAGACGCUGACUCGCCAGGUUAGGGCCUGGAUUCUUGCCGGCGCCUGUGGAUCUGGCCAAAAAAUACAAACCUUCCCUGUUUGGGCAUUUGUCUGGACAGGGACAUCCUCACUGUACAAGCAGCUUGACGUUGUAGCAGCAAUUUUGCAGCCAUUAGUAUUUUGGGGUCUGACCCUAAGCAGCAUCCCAAAGAGCCUCUCCAGGGGCCAAUUUAGUAAACCAGAGACUAGGCAGUGGUCACUAUGCAGGUUUCUUUCGCCUGCACUGAGCACAACCUGAAGAGCCGCAGUGAGGACCGACUAUGUGGCCUUCGCACCGCGCCACCCCCUGGGGGAGGCAGUGGGGGAGGUGGGGGAGGUGGCGGAGGAAGCAACCAAGGGGGUAAUGGCAACUACAACACCCAUGGCUCAGCCAAGCCCAGGGAGCAGUCGGGGUCCCGCCCGGUUCCCCAGGGCCAUGCCCACAUGAAGGAGGCCAUAGGGCGCCACAGCAGUAUGAAAUACAGGAACCUGGGGAAGUCUGGUCUGCGUGUGUCCUGCUUGGGGCUGGGCACCUGGGUGACAUUUGGAUCGCAGAUCUCUGACGAGAUGGCUGAGAACCUGAUGACCAUUGCCUAUGAGGCCGGGGUGAACCUCUUUGACACAGCAGAGGUGUAUGCCUCCGGCAGGGCUGAAAUCACCCUAGGGAACAUCAUCAAGAAGAAAGGAUGGAGGCGUUCUAGUUACGUUGUGACAACCAAGAUCUAUUGGGGAGGGCAGGCGGAGACAGAAAGGGGACUCUCCAGAAAGCACAUCAUUGAAGGUUUGAGAGGAUCCCUGUCCAGACUCCAGUUAGAUUAUGUGGACAUGGUCUUUGCCAACCGUAAUGAUGUCAACAGCCCUAUGGAAGAGAUAGUCCGGGCCAUGACCUUUGUAAUAAAUCAGGGCAUGGCAAUGUACUGGGGCACCUCUCGCUGGAGUCCCAUGGAGAUCAUGGAGGCGUACUCAGUGGCGCGUCAGUUUAACCUGAUCCCACCAGUAUGUGAGCAGGCUGAGUAUCACUACUUCAAGAGGGACAAGGUGGAGGUGCAGCUCCCUGAGCUCUACCACAAGAUAGGUGUAGGGGCAAUGACCUGGUCUCCCCUUGCGUGUGGACUGAUCACAGGGAAGUACAGUGAGGGUGUACCUGACAUCUCCAGGGCUAACAUAAAAGUGCAGGGUUACCAGUGGCUGAAGGAUCGGGUCAACAGUGAGGAGGGACGCAAGCAGCUGGCCAAGAUCAAAGAGCUCCACCUAAUGGCCGACAGACUAGGCUGCACCGCCGCACAGCUAGCCAUCGCCUGGUGUCUGCGCAGUGAGGGAGUGAGCUCAGUGCUGCUCGGUGUCUCCAAUACUGACCAGCUGAUGGAAAACCUGGGUGCCCUUAGGCUUAUUUCACAGAUGACUCCUCAGACCGUGGCUGAGAUUGACUCACUCUUGGGAAACAAGCCCCACUCCAAGAAAGAGUCGCGAGCAUGAAGAGGAACUGAUGGAGUAAAGGACAGUGUCAGAGAAAGAUGACGAAAAGGUGAUGACGUCGAGGAACAUCGCUCUUUCACCCUCCAGUAUAAUCAACAACCUGCAUGUCCUCAGCAACAUUGUGCUUCCAGUAUUUGCGCAUAUCCAUUCGGCGCAUUGCAUUGUAUCAUGUAUGAAAAAAAAUCUAUAUUUUAAUGUGCAAAAACAAUGAUUAGAUCAGAUAUAUUACAGAUCCCUCACUGACUGAUAAUGUCCACAAACAGAAGGUGAGGCAGGUAGCCAAGCGGUUAAGAGUGUUGGGCCAGUAACCGAAAGGUCGCUGGUUUGAAUCCCUGAACCGACUAGGUGAAAAACCGUUUCGAUAUGCCCUUGAGCAAGGCACUUAACUCUGUAAGUCACUCUGGAUAAAAGUCUCUGCUAAAUGACGUAAAUGCGAGGCCAAAUCAUGGAGCGUUUGGUUUCUUCCAGAAAGACCAAUGAGGGUAAAGUUGGAGAUAGGAGGUAGUUAAAUGGAGGCGCUCAGUAUCUUCAAGCAAACUGCACUCUCCUUUAUCAACAAUGAGAUGAGAACUUUUUGAUGCCAUGAAGCAACUUGAGACACAGCUCUGCACUCUCCCAUUGACUGUGUGACCGGUGCUGUCAUACGACGCUCUUUCCCCACAGUUAGUGAGUCGCUAUGACGUUUAGUACCCAGCAGAGAGCCAAAGGUUAGCAGCACAUAGGUGUCUGGCUUGUCAUCUCCUUAUGUGACUGGCCCGUCACUCUGUGUCCUUUAACAGCAGUGUCUUCCUAGGUGUCUUCUCUGUGUGUAAACUGUGUGCAUGUCCCUUUAAGAGAGACCAGCCCAAGCAGGGUGUAAACGUGGCAUGGCUUUUGUGGUUUGUGUAGAUUUGCAGUGCCCCUCGAAGCAGUCUUUUUGCACUAGCAGGUGGGACGGGCUGAUCCAAUCUCUGCACUGGCGGGCACAUUUUGGAGCUUUACUUUAAUUACUCUCUGCAAGCCCGCUGACAGGGUCUGUGUCUGUGUGACAUGUGUAUUGUCCUCCACAUCAAAGCAAUUUCUGCGUCAAUAACAAUGACAACUAAGGCUUUUCCUGCUUGUUUGGAAGAGCCUAUUUACUCAUCCACUAAAGACUGUGGAGAGUGGACCCCCUAAUGAAAGGUACUGUAGGUAAUUCCUCCUCAGCCUUAGACAGUGGGGUACAACCCACUGUGGUAAACUAGCGAUCUUUCAAUGUGUUUUUGUUGCUUUGUUUUAACAUUUCAAAUGAGGCCACCUAACAUGCAAAUCAUGACCUUUACAUGAAGAAUUCCUCUGUCUUCAAAGUGCAACGUUCGCCCCAUAAUGUUCUGUGUGUUCUGUCUCACUGGGAAUGAGUCAGACAGAGAGAGGUAGCAGAGUGAACUCAAGUGUGUCUGAAUUGAGAAAUGAUUGGCACCCUUGAUAAAGAUGAGCAUAAAAGACCUUAUAAAAUAACAAGACAAAUACUGAGCUAUAUUGUACGCAAAAGAAAUGGGGAAAUUAUAUAAUUUUAUAAAAAUACUAUUUCUCAGAGAAUAGAUUUUGUUUAACAAGUAAUCAUUUUGCUAAAAAGAUGGGGGUCAAAAGUAUUGUAAUCUCUGUUUUCAAUACUCCUGCACCCUCCCCAUCCGAGGAUAACAGCAUUGAGCCUUUUUCUAACAUGUUUUAUGAUAUUGGAGAACACAUUGGGAGGGAUCUUAGACCAAUUCCUCCAUACAGAAUCUUUCCAGAUCCUGAUAUCCUUUGUCUGUGUUUAUGGACUGCCCUCUUCAUUUUAAACCACAAGUUUUCAAUGGGGUUCGACUCCAGAGACUGAGAUGGCUAUAAAUUGUAUGGCCAUUUCAGUCUCUGGACUUGAACCCCAUUGCAUUGCAAAAUGUUGAUUUUGUGGUCAAUUAACCAUUUCUUUGUUUAUUUGUAUGUGUGCUUGGGGUUAUUGUCUUGCUAGAAGAUCCCCUUGUGGUCAAGUUUCAACCUCCUGGCAGAGUCAACCAGGUUUUUGGCUAAAAUAUCCUGGUAAUGGGUAAAGUUCAUGAUGCCGUUGACCUUAAAACAAGGGCCCCAGGACCAGUGGAAGCAAAAUAGCCCCAUAACAUCAAAGAUCCACCACCAUAUUUUACAGUAGGUAUGAGGUACUUUUCACAUAUGCAUCUUUCUUUCAUCGCCAAACCCACCACUGGUGCGUGUGGCCAAAGAGCUCUAUUUUCAUGUAAUCUGACCAUAGCACCGGUUCCAAUCCAAUCGCCAAUGUUGUUAAGCAAACUCCAGGCGUUUACAUUUGUUGGAUGACGUUAAAAUAGAGGUAUUUGGCCACGAGAGUAUUGAAAACAGGGAUGCCCCUAUCUUUUUCAUGUUUGUUUUUUUACUUAAUAGUCAAUCUCCUUCUCUGACCAAUUGUAUUAGUAUAAAGUAUACAGGAGUAUACAAUAUACAUAGUUGAGUAUUUGUAUUAUUAGUUUUAUACAGUCUUUUUUGCUCAUCUUAAUCAAGGGUGCCAAUAAUUCUGGAGGUGACUGUAAAUAAUAAUUUAGACUUUGAUUAAAUGCAAUGUGCUUUUUUGCACUUCCCUGGGGAUGAGAUUUAGACAGUGUUGUGUUGGAAGCAGAUUAUAUUGGGUGUUUCAGUGGGCAGCCUGAAUCCAGCUGCUUAGCCUACUUCUGUAGUUCAUUGUAGUUUUUCCUUACCAAAUAUGAUUAUUGUUUCCCAAUUGUAUUAGAACUUUCAGUCCAUUUUCGUCUCUAUUUAACUUCUGUUAAUUACAUGUAGAUAUUACUCCUAGUAUCAGGACGUACUCCUGCUAUGUGAACCUCUCAUGUAAACCCUUGGUUUGUGGUCAGGCUCGGGAAACGCUCCAGGGCACUAGUGAAUUUGGGAUGAGAGAGAUUUGUACCACACUUGUUAUCCCCCUGUCAUCACUGAUGAUUGAUCUCUUUUGAUACUGGUUUGUUUGUGUUCAAAUCACUGGUGUAUGUAAAUACUAGAAUAUGGAAUAUUGGAAUAGGAACAUUUUUGGAUUCUGAAGUGAGCAAACGACAGAUCUAACCAGAUUGACAUGUUGUUUUGUUCUGUGUUUAUGUAUUUUAUUAACAGGCUCCAAGUGGAACUGAAAAGCAUCCACCUAAUGUACAUACAUGCCUAGAUCGCUCCUUAAGACUAACUUUGCCUGCAUAAGUUAUAUUUUACUGUCUUGAAACAAAAAACUGAAAAAAGACAAAGAAUCCUUGAAUGUAUUACUGUAUGCUUGCCCUUAAAAUAUCAGAAGAAAAUUAUACCUCAUAUGUCUUUUGGUGGUCAUGCAACCAGAUCUACCGGCAGCUUGGCAGGGCCACACACACGCACACACAGUAGUUAUCAUGGUCUGCCUGCCUUUUGGCAAAGCUGAAAAUCAAGUAAAGAUUUUGCAUUGAUUUAAAAUCAUGUCAAGCUUCUGUAUAUCCAUGUUCCCACAAAAACCAUUAAAUGGCUAAAAAAAGUG